ACUGCGUUUGUGCACUUGUUUCUCUUUGCGAAAGCAUUCUGGAGAAUUUGACUUUUUAAUCUUAAGUGCGGCAUGAGGGUGGAAUAGUGUCUCAAAUGAGUCUUCGAGUUGUUUUUCGGCCGGGAGCUCCCUUUUGCUCUGGAAUUUUCGCACUUUUCUUCGUAAAAUUGUGAUGUAAUCUUUGGCCCUUUGGGUUGUGUUUUCCUUGAAAAGUUUAUGCCUCUUGCUCCUAUGGCAGUAGAUUUUUCAUUCUACUACUUUUGUACGAGUUGCUCAUCAAAUUACAGAUGGCAGAUAAGGUACUAGUGUUUUCUCAGAGCAGUCUUUGGGUGUAGAGCAGAGUUAAGACAUCAAGUUCUUGUGAAGAUGGGAACCUACUCCAAUAGAAACACUAUGAUACCUGAAGCUACUGCAGGGGCAUCUGUUCCACAUUUUACCUGGUUUUAUCCAGGGAGUUUUCUCUCUGCAUCAAAAACCAGCUCAAAUCCUUUUCAAGGAACCCAAACCAACCCUGAACCCGGUCUUCCUGUUGGUCCCAUCCGAACAAUUGCUGCUACAACUGAACCAAUGAAGAAUGUCAACUCAACUACUAAAACUGCUAAGGGUAGGAAACAGAAGAAUUCUAUGAAGGGUCCUAAUCCAAUUUCAUCCAAGGCUUUCGGGCCAAAGCAAGCCAAGAAGACUCCCAAGAAGACAAAGGGACAAAGUAUACCUGAAGGAAAACGUGAAAAAAAGAUGAUGAUUAAUAUUGAUAUGGACAAAGCAGGCUUUGAUUCCUCUGAAGUGCCGCCUCCAUACUGUUCUUGUACAGGUGUUGCUAGAUUAUGCUACAAAUGGGGUGCUGGUGGAUGGCAAUCCUCAUGUUGCACCAUUAACAUAUCUGAAUAUCCUCUGCCUAUGAGCUCUACAAGGCCUGGGGCUCGCAUGGCUGGGAGAAAGAUGAGCAAUGGAGCAUAUGGGAAACUUCUACUGAGACUUGCAGCUGAAGGUCGUGAUCUUACUCGUCCAGUUGACUUGAAGGACCAUUGGGCAAGACACGGUACCAACAAGUUUGUCAUAAUCAAGUAGAUCUGGUUUGUUGCUGUAUCUUAAAGAUAAUCACAUUAACUAGUAUGUAUAUGUAGUUUCUAAGAUCUUUCCUACUUCUAGAACUUAUUUGGAACAAAUUGCUGCUUUGAAUGGAGGAGCGUUCUUAUGACAUCA